CCAAAAACUGGCAACAGUGAGCAAAGCAGCUGCGGCGCAUUCCAAAUAUUGCUCUAUUUAAAGCAUCCCGGCGCUCACGGGAAUAACUUCAGAAGCAAACCUUAAACCUUGUCAACAAAGCCAGCAGAGGGAGGAAUGGCAGAGCCAGCCCAGCUCCCCCUUUCACGCCUUGUGGUACCCAUCCUGCUCGCAGUUGGCUGGAUAGUGGGCUGUGCACUGAUGGUUUAUAUCGUCUUCUCCUGACAGAAGACAGAAGAAUUUACAGUGAUGCUGAUCGG